AUGCUCUGCCCUACUACCCGUGGACAACCUGCCCGGCUGUCCGAUCUUAGCCGAAGAACACGAAAAACUGGAGAAGCACUGAACGUCUCCUCCAACGGAAGCUGGUUGAUUGUCCUCACAUCCAUCUCCGAUCGGAGACCUCGCAGUCACCUGGUAUUCCGACACGGAGAGCUCAGUCUCACGCUAAAAAGCUCCGAAAGGGAGCAAAUGGCAAGGGCUCAUGCAACCAUACAAUUCACUAAACAGCCGUAUAUUGAAGAUGUCGGCCCUCGUAAAAUUGAAAGCAUUCAAUUUUCGACAUUUUCUGGGACUGAUGUACUAAAAGCCGGCGAGGUCGAAGUCUACCGUGGCGUUUAUUAUGACCCUACUAAAAAACCAAUUCAAAAUGGGUUGUUAGACCCUCACAUGGGGCCACCAAAUAAAUUUGGCUCCUGCGAAACUUGCUAUGGCAAUUUUCGGGAAUGCCCAGGGCAUUGUGGAUAUUUGCCUCUUGCUCUCCCGGUGUACAACGUUGGAUAUUUGGCCACCAUAAUAGAUAUAAUGAAGUGCAUUUGCAAGAAAUGUUCCAGAGUGCUUCUUGAGGAGAACUUACGCCAAGAUUAUCUCCGGAAGAUGAGAAAUUCAAAACUUGAUCAUCUGAAGAAGUAUGCGAUAUUCAAAGAAGUUGUGAAGAAGUGUAAUGAUAUGACAAAUAGUAGAAGAUUAGCAGUGUGCUUCCGAUGUGGAUAUAAAAACGGCAAGGUAAAGAGGGGACCUUUAAAAAUUCUGCAUGAUCGUGGGAAAUUGGAUGGCCAGUACCUGGAUGAAUGCCAGUCUGCUAUUUCCCACACAAAGGAGUCCAAACGACAAGUUUCUGUUUCUUCUUUUAUUGACCCUAAAACUGCCUAUCAGCUACUGAGAAAUAUGUUGGAUGAGGAUUGUGAGUUGCUUUAUCUGAAUGAUAGGCCAGAGAAGCUUAUGGUCACAAAUAUUCUCGUGCCACCAAUUGCCAUACGCCCUUCAGUUUUUGUAGAAGGUGGAAUGCAAAGCAAUGAGAAUGACAUUACAGAGAGGCUAAAACGAAUUAUCCAAUCAAAUACCAGUCUUCGCCAAGAAAUGCUGGAAACUAACCUUUAUAGCAAGAGCCUGGCUAGCUGGGAUGAUUUGCAAAUAGAGGUUGCACAAUACAUCAACAGUGAUGUCCGUGGAUUGCCGUUCAGCAUGAGUGAUGCCAGGCCAUUGAGUGGUUUUGUUCAGCGCCUGAAAGGGAAGCAGGGAAGAUUCCGUGGCAAUUUAUCGGGGAAGCGUGUUGAGUAUACUGGACGCACCGUUAUUUCUCCGGACCCAAAUUUGAAGAUUAAUCAGGUUGCAGUUCCUAUGCAUAUGGCUCUAAUCUUAACUUAUCCGGAGCGCGUUUCUCAUCAUAAUAUAGAGAAAUUGAGGCAAUGUAUUCGUAAUGGCCCCGAUAAGUAUCCUGGUGCAAAGUUUCUAAGGCACCCUGAUGGUACUGAGACGUCAUUAAAAGUCCAUCAUAUCAGAAAGCGUGUCGCAGAUGAGUUGAAGUAUGGUUACAUUGUGGAUCGUCAUCUUGAAGAUGGUGAUAUUAUUUUAUUUAACAGACAACCAAGUUUACAUCGAAUGUCAAUAAUGUGCCAUCAGGCAAGGAUAAUGCCAUGGCGCACCUUGAGAUUCAAUGAAUCAGUUUGCAACCCAUACAAUGCCGAUUUUGACGGUGAUGAGAUGAAUAUGCAUGUACCACAAACAGAAGAGGCCCGUACUGAGGCCCUUAUGUUAAUGGGGGUGCAAAACAAUUUAUGCACCCCAAAAAAUGGAGAAAUCUUAGUUGCUUCAACACAGGAUUUUCUAACGUCGUCCUUUUUAAUAACAAGGAAAGACACGUUCUAUGAUCGCUCUUCCUUUUCACUAAUGUGUUCAUAUAUGGGUGAUGCGAUGGAUCCAGUUGAUUUGCCAACUCCAGCAUUAAUUAAGCCGAUUGAGCUUUGGACUGGUAAACAAUUGUUCAGUGUUCUAUUGCGUCCCCAUGCCAGAAUGAGAGUAUACGUAAAUCUCACUUUAGCAGAAAAGAGUUAUGGGAAGUCAAAAGAGACAAUGUGCCCUAAUGAUGGUUUUGUUUAUAUUCGUAACAGUGAGCUAAUCAGUGGGCAACUUGGAAAGGCUACAUUAGGAAACGGGAACAAGGAUGGACUUUACUCCGUCCUUCUCAGGGAUUACAAUGCACAUUCUGCUGCUGCUUGCAUGAAUCGCUUGGCAAAGUUAAGUGCUCGAUGGAUUGGAAAUCAUGGAUUCUCGAUUGGAAUUGAUGAUGUUCAACCUGGUGUUGAAUUAAACAAGGAAAAGAAGGCGACAAUUGAAAAGGAGUAUGCCCAAUGUACAGAGUAUAUUAAAAGUUAUAAUUCCGGAAGUCUAGAGCUACUACCAGGAUGCAAUAAUGCUGAGACGCUGGAGGCCAAGAUAUCUGGAACCCUGAAUGAUAUUCGAGAAUCAACUGCCCAAGUUUGUAUGAAGAAUCUAAAUUGGAGGAAUAGCCCCCUAAUUAUGUCGAAAUGUGGUUCCAAAGGGUCUCCAAUCAACAUUUGCCAGAUGAUUGCAUGCGUUGGUCAGCAAAUUGUUGGAGGUCAUAGAGCUCCCAAUGGAUUUGUUGAUCGAACCUUGCCUCAUUUUGAAAGAGGAGCUAAGGGCCCUGAUGCAAAAGGUUUCGUUCAGAAUUCCUUUUAUACUGGUUUAUCUGCUACUGAAUUUUUUUUCCACACCAUGGGGGGAAGAGAAGGCCUCGUUGAUACAGCGGUUAAGACUGCUGACACAGGGUAUAUGUCUCGUAGACUUAUGAAAGCUUUGGAAGACCUAUCAAUUCAGUAUGACAAUACAGUGAGAACUGCCAGUGCUUGCAUUAUUCAAUUUAUGUAUGGCGGUGAUGGUAUGGAUCCUGCACAGAUGGAAGACAAAUCUGGGCUUCCGCUGAACUUCGAAAGAUUAUUCAUGAAAACCAAGGCUACUUGCCCUGCCAUGGAGCAAAAGUUUCUAACUACCGAAGAAAUUGAGAAAAUAGUUGAUGAAGUAAUUGAGAAAAGGCUCUCAAGUCCUAAAACUCUUCAAGAGGGAUCAGCGCAGGAUGUUCCUUCUUCGGAUAAGUCUGAGGGGUCCUUGGAAGCCUUUGAAAGCUCAUUAAGAAAUUUUGUUAAGAAGAAAUAUCCAAGCUCACUUCUCAUGGAGAAAUUGAAUGGAAGGGUAUAUUCUGAAGAAGAUCGUGUUCGGGUAGAAAAUGUUGCUUCAAAUGUAUCAGGGAUUACUAGGCAACAACUAGUGGUCUUCCUAGAAACCUGCAUCUCUCGUUUCCAUUUGAAAAAAAUUGAACCGGGGACUGCGAUAGGUGCUAUUGGAGCUCAGAGUAUUGGAGAGCCAGGAACACAGAUGACGUUGAAAACUUUCCAUUUUGCUGGAGUGGCAAGCAUGAAUGUUACCCUUGGAGUUCCAAGAAUAAAAGAAAUAAUCAAUGCUUCUAAAAAAAUCAACACUCCAAUUAUUACUACUACCCUUCAGUGUGACAACAAUGACAUAAUUGCGAAAAUGGUGAAGGGACGUAUUGAGAAAACUCUUCUUGAGCAGGUAGCUAAGAGUAUAAAGACUUCACAAGCAUCUAGGUUGGCAUCAAUUGUUAUAACUCUUGACAUGGAAAGAAUACAAGGAGCACAGCUGUCUAUUGAUGCUCAUACUGUGAAAAAAUCAAUCCUACAAAAUAAGAAAACUAAAGUGAAAGAGCAGCAAAUUAAGGUAUUGGAUUCCAGAAAGCUGGAAGUUGUUAUGCAGUCUGAUAGAAGUAGACUUCAAUUUGAGCUCCACGAGCUCAAGGCUAAGCUUGCCAAAGUUGUUGUGAAGGGAAUAAAUUCUAUAGAACGUGCUAUAAUAAUAAAUGAAGCAAAGGAAAAGGAUCCUAGUGGCAACAAAAAAUUGAAGUUACUGGUAGAGGGGACUGGUCUUUUGUCUGUCAUGGGCAUUGAUGGAGUCGAUGGCUGCAAAACAACGAGUAAUCACAUCUUAGAAGUACAGCAGACACUUGGAAUUGAAGCUGCAAGACAGACAAUUAUUGGUGAGAUAGAGUACACCAUGUCAACCCACGGCAUGACCAUUGACAUACGGCAUAUGAUGCUUCUGGCAGAUGUGAUGACAUUUAAGGGUGAGGUCUUGGGAAUAACGAGAUUUGGUGUACAAAAAAUGAAGGAUAGUGUCUUGAUGCUUGCUUCAUUUGAGAAGACGGCAGAUCAUCUUUUCAAUGCUUCUGUGAAUGGGCGAGAGGAUAAGAUUGAAGGAGUUAGUGAGUGUGUUAUUAUGGGCAUCCCAGUGCAAGUCGGCACAGGAAUCCUUAAAAUCAGGCAAAACACACAGCCCGUUAAGUUGACUUACGGUCCAGAUCCAAUAAUCCGCUGA